AUGAAGUGUAAUUCACUUGGGGAUUUGAAAAACACGUGUUCGAUGCCAUUACCGACUAGUGGCAAAUGUGCCAUUUGUAAAUAUAGCUUUGAUAAAGUCAAAAAAGAUUGUAUAUCAUGUGAUGAAUCAUGUGGAACGUGUUUGACUUCAUAUAAAUGCUAUUCUUGUGCUGAAUGGAAUUACCAAAUACAAGAAGAAACUCAGUCGUGUUUAUCCAACAAGACUGUAUCAAAUUGUUUUGAAAGAAACAGCUAUGGGCGUGAGACGUACUUUGUAUUAGUAAACAACAACUGCACACAUUUCUCGAAUAUCGAGUCGUGUCUGAAAGCUUCAAAUUCGAAGUGUAAUAAAUGCACAGUCAAUUAUAAAUCGUCAAAAUAG